UACCGUACUCUGAGAUAAGUAGGGUAACGUCUGUGGUGGAAUCGUCCUGAAUCCUUUACAUCGUAGAUUAUAUCGACCUGAUUUUCACCCAGUUGGUGUCACGAAGCUCGCAUGUCAAUCCAGAACUUAGAAACUUAUGAUCCUUUCACGGAUGCUGCCAAGGGUGUCGACGAAUCAUCAAAGCAAGACCAGCCAAUACAUAUUCGCAUUCAGCAACGAAGUGGUCGUAAAACUCUGACAACUGUGCAAGGAAUAAGCGACCACUAUGACAAGAAGAAACUAGUGAAAGCGUUCAAAAAGGAAUUCAAGUGUAAUGGCACCGUCAUUGAAAAUCCAGAGUAUGGAGAGGUGAUACAGCUAACAGGGGAUCAGCGUCAAAAUGUCGGUGCAUUUCUGAAAGCAAUUGAACUGGCUAAAGCAGAGCAGUUAAAUAUCCACGGUUUUUAAGAUGCCUGCAAGGCAUCUUGGACUGAGUAUUCCGUGUAUAUAGAUUUGUACUUAGUCACUGUAGCACAAAAAAGUCCUUUAGACAGUGGUUGAUUCAUCCAUAAAUACAUGUAGGAACUGUUUUAGCAGUGAAAUAUUCUGUUGUAACUUUGAAAAAACUGCAGCUUUCAGUGAUGUAUUUGAGUCACUGUUUGCUUGGUGGUAAGUUAAGUUCUUCAGAUGUUGAAAAUUAAGGCAGAUAUUCUUUUUACAUGUAACUACAUGCAUGAACUAUUUAAGAUUCAUUGUUUAGUGCAAGCGAACAGGUUGAAAACAAUAGUAAUAUUACUACACAGGUCUGUACAAUAGAAGCUACAUCAAAGAUAUUACAGCUUGAAAACUGUAGCUCUGCAAUUUUAAAUUUUGUUGUGAACCUCAAUCAAAACCCUCUUCAUUUCUUUUUAUUUUUAUUUCUAGUGUUUUUGUACCUAAGUAACUGUAAUGAUAAAUUAUUUACUUUGACAAAGAAUAGCUACUUUAUGGCGAUGCACUUGCUUUCAGUAAACAUAUUAUAAAAGUAUUGUCAUUUAAUAGAAACCUUGGCUAAACAAAUGGUAAAGAAGUACAUCUAACCAAA